AUGGCUUCUUCUUCUUCAUCUUCUUUAUCUAUUUCAGUUGCUUCAUCUUCUUUGUCUCGAAGCUGGGAACACGAUGUCUUUCCGAGCUUCCACGGGCCAGAUGUACGCAAAGCCUUUCUCAGUCAUAUUCUAAAGGAGUUCAGAAGCAAAGGAAUCUAUCCAUUCAUUGAUAAGGAGAUCAAGAGAGGAGAAUCCAUCGGUCUUGAGCUCAAACGGGCGAUCCAAGGAUCCAAGAUCGCCAUCGUUUUGCUCUCCAAGAACUACGCUUCUUCGUCCUGGUGUCUUGACGAAUUGGUGGAGAUCAUGAGCAAAGUGUUUGGUCAAACGGUGAUCACCAUUUUCUAUGAAGUAGAUCCAACUGAUGUAAAGAAGCAGACCGGAGAUUUUGGUAAGGUCUUCAAAGAAACUUGUCAAGAAAAAUCCAAAGAGAAGACUGAGUCUUGGAGAAAAGCUUUGGAGGAGGUGGCCACAAUCGCCGGUUACCAUUCAAAAAGCUGGGUUGAUGAAGCAGUGAUGAUCGAAAACAUAGCUGCUGAUAUUUCGAAAAUGCUGAAUCAUUUGGCACCAUCACCUGAUCUCAGCUAUUUAAUUGGGAUGGAAGCUCAUAUGGAAAGGAUGCAACCCUUGUUACGCCUAGAUUUGGAUGAAGUGAGGAUGAUUGGGAUUUGGGAUCCUCCUGGGAUUGGUAAGAGCACCAUUGCAAGAUUUCUGUUUGACCAACUCUCCAACAGUUUCCAACUGAGCACAAUCAUGGUGAACAUCAAAGGAAGUUAUCCAAGACCUUGUCUCGAUGAGGGCAGUGCACAACGGCAACUACAGAACCAAAUGCUGUCUCAGAUGAUCAAUCACAAAGAUAGCAUGAUCACUCAUCUAGGAGUCGCACAAGAAAGGUUGAAAGACAAGAACGUGUUUCUCGUUCUUGAUCAUGUGGAUCGGUUAGCACAGCUAGAUGCCUUGGCCAAGAAGCUUCACUGGUUUGGUCCUUGA